UAACAAUAUAAUUUUAUUGAAAUGUAUUAUUUUAUUUAUGUAAGUUACAAGUAAACAACAACAUUUAUUUAUUUUGAAGUCAAAUGAGAGGGCUAAAGAAUAUCCAGACUUGAUUGAAAUUUAUAGAGCAUAAACAUUUUCAAGAUCAACAACACUACAAAAAUAUUACAAAUCUCUAGAUUUUAUUAAAAAUGUUCCAUAAAAAUAAAAUGACAUUCAAUGAGGGAUAAAGGUAUUUCAGGGAAAUAAUAAAACUAAAGCUUAUCUAAAGGAAGCACCAAAGUACCAAAAUAAUUUUCAUAGAUUUAAGUACAUAUUUUACACUUACAUGACUUACAACACCUAUGCUGUACUUUAUUGAAAUCGACAUGGUUAAAAUGAUGAGAUUCAAUGAGAGAGAUCAAGAUAUUUUACAGUAAGAAUAUAAAAUUUAUCUUAGGGUAGCCGGUCAAGUGUCCAAUGUAAAGUAGAUUCAUCGACAAAGCGAUUUGUAGGAAACGAUUUCCAUCAAUUGUUUCAAACUACUUCCACUUCAAAAUAGAUUAAGCAAUCAAGGUAAAUACCUCGAGUCCAUUCAUGAGUGUCCAGAGCACAUUUAAUUACGUCUUGAAGUAAGCUGUAUGAGUCUAAAGCAGUCAGCACUUAACUUAAAUAUCUUAUCUUGAGCCGCGUGUCUCGCACUCGGGUCGCAAAAGUAAACACGAGUAAAUACAGCGAAAUCAAUCCAAGCUGAGAUGAUUUUCCAAAAUAUCUUGGUAAAAAUUGAGGCUAUGGUAAAAUAUGCAGUUAUUAAAUCGCGAACGGGGCCUUCAACUGCACAAAUAACAUGGACCUGAGAGCUGGAAUCUCAAAUUCAAGAUGGCGGCCAUGACGCAGUUUUAAAUUAUGCAAAAGGUUUUGGUAACUAAGCGUUGCCAUGACGUAGGACAGUGGCCUAGAUACUUCGUGUAAGAAAAAGGCUUAAGUAAGGUCGCAAUCAAUAUACUAAAAUAAGAAGUAUCGCCUGUGGCGCAAGGAUUCUUGGAAUUGCAUUGUGCAAAUCGCGAGACGACAGAAGAAAAAAAAACAGUUUGCAUUUUAUGACUGGGCUACCACAGGUAUCCCAGUAAUAACCAUUUUACAAAAUGGCUUCUGGUUCGUCGAUAUCCUCCCAGUCUUCAAUCGAAAAAGUUCGGGAAGAACUUACUUGCUCGGUAUGCCUUGAACAAUUUCGAGAGCCGAAGAUGCUGCCUUGCUUUCAUACUUUCUGCAAAGAAUGUUUGGAGAAAACAAAGCAAAGUUUUCGAGGAAACCUCCUAUGCCCAACAUGCAGAACGAAAACCUCAGUCACUGAGCAUGAAAUGAUUCAAAAAUUACCAAAUAACUUUAUCGUUAACCGAGUACUCGAUGCUCUGGGUGCAGAAAACAGUGGGGAGCUGAAAUGUGGUAGCUGCAACGAAAUUAGAGAGCCAAAAUGGCGCUGUUUCGAUUGUAAGUUGUUCUUUUGUGGCCUUUGUUAUAAAGCACAUGGCAAGAAGUUCCCCGAUCACCGAAUGAUUCCCAUGGAGCCUGAGGGCGACGUAUUCCCUGCGCGAGAUCCAAACUUGGGUCCAAACUUGAAAUCAUUUUGCAUCAAUCAUAAAGAGAAAGAGCUGGAUCUUUAUUGCAGGGAUUGCCAAAUAUGUGUUUGCACAAUCUGUUUUGCGACUGCACACCAAGGACAUCAUUUACAGAAUGUGGAACUUGCAAUGGAAGAGGGAAAAGCGAAAAUCAAGAAGCAACUUCUCGAAUCGCAAAACAGGGCUGAAUUGAUUGGAGAGGCGAGGGGAGUAUUGGAGUAUAAACAGGACAAAUUUGAGAAACGGUUCCAGGAUUGCAAACAACAGAUCAAUAAAACUUUAUCUCAAGUUAUAAAGGCAGUCAGCCAGAAAGCCGAAGAGAUGAUAGAACAGCUCGAAAAAGCCCACAAAACUAGACAGAAAGCUCUUGAUUGCCAACAAGAAGAUUUAAGGUUACAGGAACUAAAGCUCAAUGGUGCACAGACCUUUGCAGAGCAGAUAAUAGCAAGCUCUUCCGGGGUUGAAGUCCUGUCUAGCCAGAAACAGGUCACAGAAAAGCUCAAAGACCUGAACACUAGUAAUGGUUUGGGUUUUAUAGACAAAGUAAAUGAUUUCUUUGAAGUACACUUUGAUGUUUCUGAUGCAUUAGAGUGCAUUAGUAAUGCCCGAGUUGAGGAAAGUUCAAUUUCACCAGGCGAAACACAACUUGCACUGAAGAACACCCCAGUGGAAGGGAAACCAGUAGUGUUGACGAUAGCGACUUCAUCAGAGGGUUAUGUGUGCUUUAAUCCUGCAGAUCGUGUCAUUAAGGUGCAAAUCACUAAUCCUUCUAAUAUUGACACUCGACUAGAUGCUAAGCCCAAAGAAAUAGAUUAUGAAGCAGUGUUCACCCCAACAGAGCCUGGGUUUUAUGAUAUUGAUGUUUACAUAUGGGAUCGAAAAGCAUGGGCGUUACCCAAAAAAAUAUUUGUGUCCAGGAAUUACAUGGACACGCACCAGGUGCAAUUUGGUUUUGGGACGCAUGGUACUGGGUGUGGUCAGUUUCAAGGCCCAUUGGGGGUAGCUGUUGAUGGUGCCAAGUACGCAGUUGCUGACAGUGGAAACGGUCGCAUCCAAUGCUGUCAUCAUGACGGGGGAUUCUUUGCAGAAGUGGGAGUAGAUGACAAACCUGGGGUGGUGUUCUUCCCCCGGGCUUUAGCCUAUUCAAGAAUUGGUGAGCUAGCUGUUAUUGAUUCUACAAAUUCACAAGUUCAUGUAUAUGGUUGCUUUGGUGAACUAGCUAGAUCAUUUGGGAAGGUUGGUAGAGAGAUUGGUGAAUUUUACUACCCUUCUGGGAUCUCUGUUGAUGAGAAAAACAGGUUUAUCAUUGCUGACUCAGGAAACAACAGAAUCCAAGUUCUAAAUAGUGUAGGUGAUUUUCUACUAGUAUUUGGAAGCAGUGGUCCUGAAAAGCUUAAGUCCCCAGAGAGUGCCAUCUUCACAAAGGACCACUUCAUUGUUGCUGACACAGGUAAUAAUGUGUUGAAAGUUUUCUCUGCUGAUGGUAGCUACAAAGAAACAAUUAAAUUACUCAAUGGAGAGGAAUUCCAGUCACCGUGCCAUGUGACCUCCGACCCAAAUGGCUUUCUGGUCAUCUGUGAAAGAGGAAGUCAUAGGCUUAAAGUACUUAGCCCUGAUAUGAAUCUCAUCACUGUGCUGGGUAUGGCAGGGAGACUGCCUGGCCAGUUGUUCUAUCCAGAGUGCUCUGUUGUCACUAGUGACGGAGCAAUAGCAGUGGCAGACUAUGGCAACAACAGGAUUCAAGUGUUUUUCUAGAUACUUUUGACCAUCUAAAGGUUAAAUGAGUUUAAGCUUUGCUGAUUUAUCAGCAUUAUUCUUUAUAAAGCCAUACAUAGUGAUAGCAAGCUAUGGCAACAACAGGAUUCAAGUGUUUUUCUAGAUACUUUUGACCAUCUAAAGGUUUAAUGAGUUUAAGCUUUGCUGAUUUAUCAGCAUUAUUCUUUAUAAAGCCAUACAUAGUGAUAGCAAGCUAUGGCAACAACAGGAUUCAAGUGUUUUUCUAGAUACUUUUGACCAUCUAAAGGUUUAAUGAGUUUAAGCUUUGCUGAUUUAUCAGCAUUAUUCUUUAUAAAGCCAUACAUAGUGAUAGCAAGCUAUUGCAACACAAGAUUCAAGCGUUUACUAGAUGCACAUGACAAUCAAAAGCUUUGUUGAUUGUCAGUAGAAUUCUAGAUAGAGAUGCUGAUAGUGGUAGCAGACUAAGGCAGCCAAUAUUGGUAUUUAUGGCCAUAGCUGGAUUUUUGUAGUGCGUGUUUGUAGGACAAGUUUUUUCCAAUCAGUGUGUUUGCCAUGAGAGCACACACUGUUUUCUUCCUUUGUAAAAUGUUGAACACCCUGCUGUUCUAACCACUGCCCUGAUCAAGAGAAAACUGCAAUUUGUGGAUAGAUAAACUUUUUGAACAAUUUCAAGCCAAUUUUCAGGGAUUAAUGUUAUAUAUUAGAAUAUUACAUCAGAAUAUCAUUUAAUCAGCUUUUAGAUGCAAUAGUUCGAAUUAACUAGUUUAUAUUUCGCUUUUUAAUAUUUAAUGCGAAGAUGCAAAAAACCCUUUAAAAUGACUGUGCAAUACUCAUAUUAUUAAUGCUGUAAGUUUAUUUAGUUGCUUCUGGCAAUAUUUGUACAGCUUGUAUUAAAUACAGUUGAUAAUAUAAAUUAUGCUAACACAUCUGUUUUUCUUUUUCUAUCACCUUCAUUUGGCAAUAAUCUAUAUUUUUUCCCUAUUCAAUCUAUUAAAACUGCUUUUGGGCUCUGCAAAAUAAUACUAGAAUUGUAUUUAAUUCAGUGUGGCAGUGUUUCUUUUUAUUAGGGAGAGGGAUGGGGUUAUUAUUUUUUAUUGGAGAGGGGGGUAUUGAAGGCUUACAGUCUUUGACAAAACGGGAGAGGGGGAGGUCUUGAUCUCCUAAUUAAAGCCUUGAUGAGCCAAAAUAGUUCAAAUUUGUUACAUACUUUUUUUUUAUUUAAAUACCAUACAUUACUGUAUAAUCUUUUGUUACCAUCUUUUGGUGGUGACACUUUAAGGGGCUUCUUUACUCCCUUUGCUGCUGCCAUAUGCUGCCCUGACCACAGUCAAGUUUGACCACACUUCCAAUCCCUUCCUUACCUUGCAAACAUAGAAAUCUUGCAUCCCUUGAAAGUUGAGUCAAUUAACCUGUGAACCGUAGCUCUUAUUCGAUGCCUUACUAGUGUGUAGUGUGCCAGGAACUGCAUAAAUUGACAAAAUCCCUGAAGUGACUUUAAAGUACACACCUAUUUCAAAAAGGUUGCCCUCAGAGAAUCUGUGUAUCCUAACCCGCAGUGCUUCAUGGGUAUCAAGUAAAUAAGAAAAUAACGCCAAUAAAAUACAAAUCCAGGUUUUAAAAGCUUUAGAAUCCUUGUUUAUGUUCAUAUAAUCAUUCACAUAACUUCCAGAUACAUGGAUUCAGCCGUUUAUACCCAUGAACCACUGCGGGUUACAAUACAUGGAUUCUCAGGUGCAACCUUUUUUGAAAAAUGUGUAUAUAACACUUUGCUAUUGUUGCAUGCAUCAACUGAAGUUCUGGCUCAUGAUUCCCUCUUGACUUGGAGUGUCAUUAGUGUAAUCAAAACCACAAACUCUGGAUGACAGUUGAAAAAUGCUUGCAUCUCCUCUGUAAAA